AUGUUCAUCAAAGCCGCCCUGGUAUUUGUGGUGGUCCUGGGUCCUGAGGCCGUGUUCGCACUCGCUUUUCAGGAGUAUCUCGACGCCAGACGAUUGAAGAAGAAGCUCAAGGAGAUCAUCAACAACCCCAAAGAGAAAGGCAAUCCAUGUGGAGAAUGUAAAAGAACCGAGAAAUGCGAGGUAUGCCAACGAAAAAAGUUCUUGGCCAUGGUCGAUAUGAAAUUCUGCUACUUCGUUGUCAUGGGCGGCCUACAGGUCGACAUCUCUGACAUCAAACCAUCAGACUAUGUCCGAUUUCACUUCCAUGGCGACAACAUGCCCGAACCCUUCCUCUUAAUAGAGCUGGCCAUGCUUGGGUACCUGGACAAACUCUUGGUUGAGCAUACCGUAAUUGAGGACAAGAGCAAAGGAGCACUGGUGCAAAAGUGCGUAGUGCUUGUGCAAGUUGCAUGGAUGGGGAUUCAGUGCAUUGCCAGAAAAGCUGUGGGGUACCCCAUUUCUCUGUUGGAAUUGCACACCUUUGGCCACGUUGUGGUUGCAAUGUUACUGUAUCUGUGCUGGUUAAAUAAACCACUUGACGUGCGACAACCUGUCUUUGUUAGGCCUGCCGAGUUCAAAGAUAAACGGGAUACUGAGGGCUUUCAAGAUGCGUUAGCGCUAAUGGUUCAGGAACAGUUCUGUGACCUACAGAAUUUCACUGGCUUUCUAAACCUGAAGUGGAAACAAGAACAACUGAACAAGCUGAAGGCUUCCAAAGAAGGGGAUGGUCGGAACCCUAUCAAACAAGAGACAUCCCGGAUUGUCAUCAAUCAGAUGGCCCAAGGAGCGACGCCUCAGCCGACUCCAGCACACCAACUUCAGGAAUUUAUAGAAUCCGGACAGUCGACGACAGACUCACAGGACUCUGUCCUGCCGGUUGCGAUUGAAGAGGUAGACCCGAACCAGCCACAUAUUGGGGAUCCGGAAACUUUCGAUCUAGGGGUUAACCAGCAACUCCCCUGCGGAUUCGGCCACAUGCCCGUCUCUCAACAGCCGAACUGGAGAUGUAUUUGGAACGGUGCGGACAACUGGCGAGUUGACAUGAAAAACGCAUACCGCCCGGUCCGCGAAGAAGACAAGCUCUCAAUCCGUCUCACCCGGGCCGAUCGUUGCCGUGCGGAAAGAGCAGCGAGACACAUUGAGGUUGUUGAGAGACUGUACAGCAUGAAACCAGUCGAGCAACCAGAGCCCUACGCUUACAUCAGAUAUGGAUCAACGGGCCAGCAUUAUCGGUACCUCGAUCUUGCAUACAAGACCGCGUUUCAAAGUCUCAAGUUUGAGGUCGACAAGCUCAACCCACUUGCUGCCAAACGGAAGGAUGAAACCCAACACGUCAGUGACAGCGAACAACCUACGCCGAACACCAUCGAUGUUCAUCGCAAGGGACUAUGUGAGGAAAGCUGUCCCAGAGUGAUCACACGGUACGCGGCCUUCCUAGAUGCCAUCUUCAACGGCAUCGGCGGAGUGAGCCGCCUCGUCUGCACGAUUAUCAGCGUUUUGAUUGGCGCUAUCCACCUAGCAGCCUGGGACUCCGUCUUUCCUGGACGAGUCGAGAGUAUUAUUUGGAAGAUAGCGAGCGUGACGAUGAUGGCUACCGUUCCUGCUGUGUUGUGGUAUCGCUUCCAAGUUGUCUUGCUCCGGCGAUAUCACUUCCAGUAUCACCGGCUGGGUUAUCAGACGUCGCAUCUUUGGCUCACGCGGUUCCUUAAUGCCUGGUAUUUCUUCGUGGCUAUAGUAUUCCUGGUAUUUUUCAUUGUCGUUCGGGGGUAUCUCAUUGUGGAAUCGUUUAUCAGUGUUCGUCACAUGGCUUAUGGCAUUUACUUUGUUCCGGACUGGCUGCAGAUCUUCCCACACAUCUAG